AUGGCUGGCCUGAAUGUCUCCAUUGCUUUUUUUUUCCUGGUCGUCGGGGUGUGCCAGGCGCUCAGGUGGAUUUCCAAGAGGUUUCUGUCUCCUGGAGCGUACGGCUGCCUUGCCAGAGAACUUGCGGGCUCGUUACAGUUGUGCACAAGCUGCCUUGAGCUGCGGAUGCUGGUGGAGAUCGGCCCGUGGGGUGGUGGCUUUGGCCCUGACGUGGUCCUGACUCUGCUCUUCCUCCUCUUCGUGGUUCAUGGCGCCUCUUUCGAUGGAGCAUCCGCCAACCCGACCGUCUCUCUCCAGGAGUUCCUGCUCCUUGAGUCCAACCUCACCGCAACUGCUGCCAAGCUGCUGGCCCAGGGCGCGGGCGCUGGGACGGGCUGGGCUGUCACCAAGCUCUACUGGUCCUGGGAGCUGACGCAUUUCCACCUCAUCCAGAACCUGAUAGCGUCAGAGUGCAGCUCCUCCAUCCGCACCUCUCUGCACCACGCUGCCUUUGUGGAAGGCACCUGCUCUUUCCUUUUCCACCUUGUCCUUUAUAAGUUGCGCCAGAGUCACCCGACGUGCCGGGUCCCUGCCCUGGCAGCGACCGUCACCUUCCUGACCUACACAGCCGGGCCGUUCACGGGGGCCUUCUUCAACCCUGCCCUGGCCACAGCCGCCACCUUCCGCUGCUCGGGGAGCAGCUUUUGGGACUACGUCCAGGUUUACUGGCUGGGGCCCCUCGCAGGGAUGCUCGCUGCCCUCUUGCUGUACCAAGGCAACAUCCCACGACUCUUCCAGAAAAACCUCCUCUACAGCCAGAAGAGCAAAUACAAGAUACCCAAGGCGAGGGCGGCGGCGGCGCACGUGGAGGGUGACGAACCGCGGCGGAAGAGCAAAGGGGAGAACAACAACUCCAAGCCUCGUGCCGGAGCCGCGGAUGGGGGCCAAGGGGGUCCCUGCAGCCCCUCGCCUGGGAGCGAGUUUCCCAGCGCAGAGGAUUUUGCUGCUCGUCCCACCCAGCAUCCGUCCUGCCCGUUUGGUCCCUACUGCAGGGAAGCUUACAGAAAGCCAGGACCAUUACGUGGGCAGGCUUGA